AUGGCACGUCCAGCUAAAAUCAAUAAACGCAAGUAUAUAAAGAAUAAGAACUCUAGAAGAAAGGCAGUCUUAUGGAAUUCUAUUUCUUUCGAAAAAGGGAAGUCUCUGUCAGAUUAUCCUGAAGAGAUAAUCUUCAAUAUCCUCGUUCGCAUUCCAGCUGCAUCUCUUAAUGACCUAAGGCGUGUAUGCAAGAACUGGUUAGAAGUAAUCUCUAGUUCUUAUUUCAUACAGUGCCACCUCGCUCGAGUCCAACCUUACCUCAUCGAAGGAACAACACUUUGGAAUAAUCCGAUUCGUUCGGUGGAUGUAAAAGAUUCUGAAAUAAGGGCACGAAAACUGGAUAUAGGUUGUCAUGGGAAUAUCUUAGCUACCUGUAACGGAUUGCUUUUGAUAGAAGCCAAUCAUCUAAAAGGCAUUUGUAUCUCCAAUCCAGCUACCAAGAAAUUGCUACGGCUUCCAAAAUGUUCUAAAUCUCCGUGUGACAACUACCAUCUUCUACAUGAUAUGGACUUCCGUUAUGCGCGACUUGACUUUUAUAGGUUUGGAUACGCUCCUUCCACUAAGGAAUAUAAAGUGAUUCACUUCUUCCACGAUGGUUUCCAUCAGUUGUGUGAGAUACUAACCUUAGGUUCGGAUUCAUGGAGAAGGAUUGAUAUCUCAUUUCUCGUUUUGCCAUUGAUAUUCAAUGAGCAACUAUCGCUGAAUGGGGUUUUGCACUGGUUGGUUGGUUAUCAUUAUAUAAUGUCUAUGGAUCUUGCCCAAGAGACGUUUCACCAAACGCCGAUUCCAUGUUGCAUCAGGCCAAGUUGUCGUACAUUUUCAAGGGAUGAAACUUUUUAUCGUCAUACAUUUUCAAAGGAUGAAACUUUUUAUCUUAAAGAGAUUAGAGGCUCUCCAUCUCUCAUUAACCGAAUAUCUGAUGUUGAAUUUGAGGUUUGGAUCUUAAAGGACUUUCAGAUAAAAGAGUGGAUAAAAUUGAGUAAUAUUGAUGCGACUGGAAGAGGCUUAAUGAAUCUUAUUCCUAUUCUAAGCUUGAGAAACGACGAGGUCAUAUUCAAGUCUCGUAGAAAGAGAAGCGGGCACUUGGUCUUGUCCACCUACGAUUUAAAACUCCAGACGAUGAUUCAGGUCAAACUAUAUUCAAGAGACCGUCAGAUUUUCUCUAUCAUGACUCACUUCGACACCCUAGUUUCUUUGAAGUUUCAAAAAUAA